UUGUAUAAAACUAUUGCUUACAUCCCACUAUCCCCAUAGCCUUUUUUUAUGUAUCGACACCUCCAGCUAUCAAGCCUCAGAUCAGAAGUCAUUGACUAGCCUACUAGGCACAGUUGGAAAAGGGAAUUAAAAAAAGUCACUCGCAUACUUAACCCGCUGUUACCUACUACUCUCAUCGGCGGACUCGCCUCGUUGCACAACACUCCCGGGACCCCCUUCGCCUUUCUUAUACAACCAACCUUUCCUGUCUGUUGGGACGUAUCUUGCGUUUGAUACAGCCCCCGAUGGAUCUCUCACCUCCAUCCUUGACCAGGUCGCCGGCGUCACCUCCAAGUACAAAUUGCUCUGACAGCCCUACUCUGGACUAUCCUUCUCCGGAUUUUGUUGACCCCAUCUACAAGAUUGCUUCUAUGUUCGAGCAGCAGUCUUGCGCGACGAUGUCUAACAAUAUGGGUUCCGAAAACUCACUCCCGCCUCUGGAUAUGAUGACCUCGGCUGGCUGGAGUGGGACAGCCGUGAUGCAUCCUAGCUCGACAUCAGGCGCGCCGAAUAUCAUGUCGGCCGACUAUGACACUUUUGCUCACUACGAACCUAGCAUGCAUGCGUCGUAUAGCCACGAAUUAUAUUCGUCUCACCCUUCCCAGGCACCAGUUCUCUCAAGUAGUACCCCUCCCCCAAUGUCUUCAGGCGCUUCUCGUUCACCAGACCCGAACUCGAGGCACGCCUUCGGUUACUCUCAUAGUGUUUCGCCAAUACCGCGGAUAAAGAUGGAAAACCCCAAUGCCAUGACCGCCGACUACGGCAAUGGUCCCGAGUUAACUCAGUACCCAAGCCCUCGCUCUGCCCAGUCUUUACCUUUGGAACCCAAUAGCUACGGCUCGACUGCCGGCAGCUCUGGAUACCUAUCGGAUGUCCCUUCAGGUUCGUGGCCAAAGUCAGAGUACCCGUCUCUCGAAUCGGACCAAUUUUACGCUGGCCCUAGCGCCUCAGGGGCUUUCCCUCACGACAGGCGGCAGCUCCGAGUACCGAGGGCACAGAGGAGGCAACCCAGGAAGCUAACUACGAAAGAGGAGGCCAACUUCCAAUGUGAAGUCAAGGGGUGUGGCAAGCUAUUCAGCAGGAGCUACAACUUUAAGGCGCAUAUGGAAACUCACGAUGAGAAGAGGGAAUACCCCUUCCCCUGCACAGUACCGGAUUGCAACAAAAAAUUCGUACGGAAGACGGACUUGCAAAGGCAUAACCAAAGUGUUCACAUGAAAGAGAAGAACCAUAAAUGUGAUUAUUGUGGCCGGAUGUUUGCGCGGAAAGAUACCCUUCGAAGACACAUGGAAGAUGGUUGCGCCAAACGCUUCGACUUGGGUACAUUAGACUUGCGCGCCGAUGGAUACGAUGCCUACCCGGCGCCAACGAGAACACUCGGUAGCACUCCAGGACACCUAGUUGCUCCUGCAACCCAAUUACCACCUGUGACGAUGCCCCAACAACACCAACACCAGCAUCACGGCAACCUUUUGGCACCUAUGCCAUUUACGAAGAGAUGAUUUCAUUAUUAUUUACUAUUACAAUUAUUCCCCAACUACGAUAACGACGAAGACGAUGGGUUGGCAGGGCGGCAUUCUACCUGUACCGGUUCCACAUUGUUAUUGAUUGAUUACCUUGUACGCAUA